UAUAUAAACUGCAAACAGAAAGAAAAAAAAAAAAAAGGAGAAUAGUAAAAGCAUGGAGAAAGAGAAGGCGUAUAUUGCAGUGAUAGUAUUGGAGUGCGGCUAUGCAGGCAUGAUGGUGUUAUCUAAGGCAGCUAUGUCUGCAGGGAUGAAGCCUUCUGUCUUCGUCGCCUAUCGACAGGCAUUCGCCUUCUUCUCUUUGCUCCCCUUCGCAUUCUUCUUCUUCACCAGCAAGGGGUCUCCUCCUCUUACAUGGAGUGGGUUAUGCAAGAUUUUCUUUGUUUCUUCAUUUGGAUUGGCGUUAAGUUUCAAUCUGUGUAUCGCAGGAUUGGAGUAUAUUUCGGCAACAUUUAGUACAGCUACUUUUUGCAUUGUUCCUGCUUUGGUCUUUAUCAUGGCUGUCUGUUUAAGAGAAAGUAUUUUCUAUGAAAAAUCUAGGAUUGAAAGCCUAGAGAUAAGGAAGUGGCAUGGAGUAGCUAAGGUAUUGGGAAGCAUAAUUAGCGUGUCCGGAACCAUGGCAUUGACCUUCUACAAAGGCCACGCUCUCUACCACACUUCAACUUCAACAACCCACCACCCUUUUGACGAUCAGCCUCACUCAAAACACCAGUGGAUCAAGGGUGCUCUCCUCUCCAUCGCCGCCCAAUUCUUGUACGCGAUGUGGCUCAUUAUGCAGGCUCCACUCCUCAAACAAUAUCCGGGCAAAUUCAGGCUCACUAUUAUACAGUGUGGCUUCAGCUGCCUCUCGACAACGAUCUACGCUGUGGCGAUGGAGAGGCAUCCAUCCGCGUGGAGGCUACGAUGGGAUAUUAAUCUCUUAUCGGUCGCUUAUUCUGGUGUGAUAGUAACAGGAAUGAGUAUUUGGUUGCAAGCUUGGGUUAUAGAGAAGAAAGGUCCUGUUUUUGCUGCCAUUUUCGACCCGUUGGGGCUCCUUAUUGCGGCCAUCUUAUCAGCUAUUUUCCUCAACGAAACUCUUCACUGGGGGAGUGUUUUGGGCUGUGGGUUGAUUGUGGCUGGACUCUAUUAUUUCUUGUGGGGCAGAAAUCAAGAAGCUCAUAUUAAAGCCCAACAAAAUUUGGAGAAUAUCCACAUUGAGACUACCGCGCCAAUAUCACUUGAUGGAAAAAGCCCAUGACCAUAUUUAUUUGAUUUCAUUUUCUUUCUUGUAAUAGUUCGUCUGUCAGUGCCAUGUACGAAGAACCAUCGCAAUUGAAUGAUAUGUUAAUCAAAUAAAUAUAAAAGUUUCAGAAAAUCAAAAAAUAAA